AUGGGGGCUAUUUUAUCUUCAACUACCCACCGCACACACAGUUGCAUCUCGUCAGUCGUAUUGUUGGCAUUGAUAGAGAGCCUGCCCCUGGAGUACCUCCAACCAGCCACAAACUCGAAAUCCCAUUCACAGCCAUCGUCAAUAUACGCGGGGAUUGACUCUAUAAUGAGCACAUCAUAUGGUACCAAGCCACAGUAUUGGUUCAGCUUAGUAUCUUGUCAGAAUAUCUGCCAUUUCCUCAACCUGUGA